AGAAAGGGGGCUUUGUGCUGUGGUGCGCGUUUGUCUGUCUGGUUCGUCGGCUGCCGCUGGUCUUCUUCUAGUUGCGCUUUGUAGGCGUUGCGCGUGGUGGAAGCGAUCCCGGCGCCCGCUGCAACGAAUCGAGAGGCGACGGCCGGGCUUGUUGAGGACCGCUCCGCCCGAGCCAUGCUUUCCCCCGUCGGGACUGCUUGGAGUGGAAAUUGUGCAACAUGCAGCCGCUAAGAUCCCGGCUCCCCUUUAGCACCUCUCGAAGAAAGGGAUUGUGCUGGGAAGGAGGAGGAGGAAGAGAAGGGAGAGCAUGAAGGUGGAAGGCGAACAUUUCCACGGCCAGCCUUAGAGAGAGACGGAGAUCUGGGCGACUCGCCUCCCCGUGGCUCUCAUUUUUCCAUUUUUUUGAGGGGUGUUGGUGGCGGCGGCGAGUUGGGCUGGGGGGAGGAUCGGUGUGGGCGGUGAAGGAAUAACGGAGCAGCGAGGAGCGACCCCGCGGCGUCCCGGUGGUGCGUGUGGGAGCCGAAGCCUGGCAGCAGCUUGAGAGAGAGGUGGACGGAUCUCCCCCGCCCCCCUUCCCGAGGAAGGGCCGUCGCCAUGGGCAAUGCAGGGAGCAUGGACUCUCAGCAGACGGACUUCAGGGCGCACAAUAUGCCUCUCAAGCUGCCCAUGCCCGAGCCGGGAGAACUGGAGGAAAGAUUCGCUGUCGUUUUGAAUGCAAUGAACCUGCCUCCUGACAAAGCAAGGUUACUUCGGCAGUACGACAAUGAGAAGAAGUGGGAGCUGAUCUGUGACCAGGAAAGAUUUCAAGUCAAGAAUCCUCCACAUACAUAUAUCCAGAAAUUAAAAGGCUAUCUUGAUCCAGCUGUAACUAGGAAGAAAUUUAGGAGAAGAGUUCAAGAAUCUACACAAGUAUUACGAGAACUAGAAAUUUCUUUAAGAACCAAUCACAUUGGGUGGGUCAGGGAGUUUUUGAAUGAAGAAAACAAAGGCUUGGAUAUUUUGGUGGAGUAUUUGUCUUUUGCACAAUAUGCAGUCACGUUUGACUUUGAAAACCUAGAAAACAACAUGGAAAACUCAAUGGAUAAAUCUAAACCUUGGAGCAGAUCCAUUGAAGACCUCCAUCGAGGAAGCAACUUACCCUCUCCUGUUGGCAAUAGCAUUUCCCGCUCUAGCAGACAUUCUACUCUACGAUAUAACACCUUACCAAGCAGAAGAACACUUAAAAAUUCAAGAUUAGUGAGUAAAAAGGAUGAUGUCCACGUCUGCAUCAUGUGUUUGCGUGCCAUCAUGAAUUACCAGUAUGGAUUCAAUAUGGUCAUGUCGCACCCCCAUGCUGUUAAUGAAAUUGCACUAAGCCUGAACAACAAGAAUCCCAGAACAAAGGCGCUGGUCUUGGAAUUGUUGGCAGCAGUUUGUCUUGUAAGAGGAGGGCACGAAAUCAUUUUGUCUGCCUUUGAUAAUUUUAAAGAGGUUUGUGGGGAAAAGCAGCGGUUUGAAAAGCUGAUGGAACAUUUUCGAAAUGAAGAUAACAAUAUAGAUUUCAUGGUGGCAUGUAUGCAGUUCAUCAACAUAGUGGUUCACUCAGUAGAGGACAUGAAUUUCAGAGUUCACCUCCAGUACGAAUUUACGAAGCUGGGCCUCGAUGAAUAUCUAGACAAGCUGAAGCACACAGAAAGUGAUAAGCUGCAGGUGCAGAUUCAAGCUUAUCUGGACAAUGUGUUUGAUGUGGGAGCUUUACUUGAAGAUGCAGAAACCAAGAACGCCGCCUUGGAAAGGGUGGAAGAACUGGAAGAAAAUAUAUCUCAUUUAUCAGAAAAACUGCAAGACACAGAAAAUGAAGCUAUGUCAAAGAUUGUGGAACUGGAAAAACAACUAAUGCAGAAAAACAAAGAACUGGAUGUCGUUCGAGAAAUUUACAAAGACGCAAACACACAGGUUCACACGCUGCGAAAAAUGGUCAAAGAAAAAGAGGAAGCUAUUCAGCGACAGUCAACACUGGAGAAAAAGAUCCAUGAACUGGAGAAGCAAGGGUCCAUUAAAAUCCAAAAGAAAGGAGAUGGUGACAUCAACAUUCUUCCUGUUGGGGCGGCUUCUGGGACAUUGCCCUCAGGGUCAGAAGCUGCAGCUGGCACUUGUGGAGGAUCAGUUUCUGGCACUACCCCUUUAGCUUCACUGCCGCCUCCACCACCACCCUUGCCGCGGUCAGCAUCUGAAUCAGAAGCAGUGCAAAAUGGGCCUGUGACAGCACCGAUGCCUCCUCCCCCUCCACCCCCACCUCCUCCUCCGCCGCCGCCACCUCCUCUUCCUGGCCCAGCUGCAGAACCAGGACCAGCUCCCCCAGUCCCACCCCCACCCCCAUCAGCACCUCCUCUUCCAGGAACAGCCUCCCCUACUGUUGUUUUCAACUCAGGAUUAGCAGCUGUGAAAAUCAAGAAGCCAAUUAAGACAAAGUUCCGCAUGCCGGUGUUUAACUGGGUAGCUCUGAAACCCAAUCAGAUUAAUGGAACAGUCUUCAAUGAAAUCGAUGAUGAAAGGAUCUUGGAGGAUUUAAAUGUGGAUGAAUUUGAGGAAAUAUUCAAGACAAAAGCCCAAGGCCCAGCCAUUGAUCUUUCUUCAAGCAAGCAGAUAUCUCAAAAGGGAUCAAACAAAGUCACGCUAUUAGAAGCAAACAGGGCUAAAAAUCUUGCUAUCACCUUACGAAAAGCUGGAAAGACUGCUGAUGAGAUAUGCAAAGCUAUUCAGGCAUUUGAUUUGAAGACUCUGCCUGUUGAUUUUGUUGAAUGCCUGAUGAGGUUCUUACCUACGGAAAAUGAAGUGAAAAUGCUGCGGCUUUACGAGCGGGAGAGGAAGCCUCUUGAGAACCUCUCGGAUGAAGAUCGGUUCAUGAUGCAGUUCAGCAAGAUUGAGAGGCUGAUGCAGAAGAUGACUAUCAUGGCAUUCAUUGGCAACUUUGCAGAAAGCAUCCAGAUGCUGACUCCACAACUUCAUGCAAUAAUUGCAGCAUCUGUCUCAAUAAAGUCAUCUCAGAAACUCAAGAAAAUCCUAGAGAUAAUCUUGGCCCUGGGUAACUACAUGAACAGCAGUAAACGAGGAGCUGUUUAUGGAUUUAAACUACAGAGCUUAGAUCUGUUAUUAGACACAAAAUCAACAGACAGGAAACAAACUCUAUUGCACUAUAUAUCAAAUGUUGUGAGGGAGAAGUAUCAGCAAGUAUCACUUUUUUACAAUGAGCUUCACUAUGUAGAGAAAGCUGCUGCAGUAUCCCUUGAAAAUGUUGUGUUGGAUGUAAAGGAACUCCAAAGAGGUCUGGACCUAACAAAGCGAGAGUACACCAUGCACGAUCACAAUACCAUGCUGAAGGAGUUCAUUCAGAACAAUGAAGGGAAACUGAGGAAGCUACAGGAUGAUGCAAAAAUAGCCCAGGAUGCCUUUGAUGAUGCUGUGAAAUAUUUUGGAGAGAAUCCCAAGACAACACCUCCAUCAGUCUUCUUCCCAGUCUUUGUCCGGUUUGUGAAAGCUUACAAGCAAGCAGAAGAGGAGAAUGAAUUGAGAAAAAAGCAAGAGCAGGCCUUAAUGGAAAAACUUCUGGAGCAGGAAGCACUAAUGGAACAACAAGACCAGAAGUCUCCAUCUCAUAAAACGAAGAGACAGCAGCAAGAGCUGAUUGCAGAGCUCAGACGGCGACAAGUCAAGGACAAUAGACAUGUGUAUGAGGGGAAAGAUGGGGCUAUCGAAGAUAUCAUCACAGCCUUAAAGAAGAAUAAUAUCACUAAAUUUCCAAAUGUUCACUCGAGGAUCUUAGAAACCAGCCCUACAGACGAGCCGAUGCGGUGAGGAGAAGUGUGAGGCGGCGUUUUGAUGAUCAGAAUUUACGCACUCUCAAUGGUGCUGAAAUAGCCAUGUGAGCUGGAUUGGGAGAGCCUGUAUGUUUAAAGUAGGAAGUGUGCUUGAUCAAUUCCUUGCCGUGUGAGCCAUAUUUCCACUACCAUUUUAAUUAUGAACUUUAUUGCAGUACAUUCACUAUCUUCUGAAGGGCUCAAUAAUGACAGCAAACACAUAGGAAUACAGAGAAAAGAAACUAAGGGGAAGAUGUGUUCUCAACUGUAGCUACCAAGUGCCUAAAUUUCAAGUACCUGCUCAAAUUAAUCAAAGCAAUAGGACUUUAUUUGAUUGGGUAUUGUUUUACACCAAUAAAUUUGUUCAGUGUUUUUAACCAAAAUGUAAAAUACAUAUUGUAUUUUUUGUUGUUACAUACAAUUUAGUGAAUAGCCUUCAGUGGGCUUUCUUGAUCUCAUGACUUCAUGGCUGUAGAUAGGUAAUACUUGAUGUGAUCUGCUAAGGAUUUUUUUUUAUGAUUUCAGUACAUUCCUUGACAGUUUGAUUUAGUUUUGCGCUUCAGCUGCACUCAGUGUUAUAUAUGCAUACACUUUAAUAUGCAUAUAUAAGGACUUACCAUAUAUAAAGGGGGAAAGCCUAUUAAGUAAAUUGUGCUUUUUUUUAAAAAAAAAAAGGAAUUUAUCUUAAGGCUGGGGAAAACAUCCAGAAAACAGAAGUUGAUGUAGAUGUGAGUACAGUUGACAAGGGGUUAAUGUUCAUGGGGUAAGAAAAGCUUGGAUAGUGCGAUAUCUGCUGUGAAUAGGAUAACAUGAGGCUUAUUUAAAUAUACACCUGCCUGCUUUCAGAGUCUACCUGCUACAUACCAGUUGGUAGUGAAGCUAAAGUGAGGAGGUAUAGCUGAAGAGUUUGAACCCAAUGCAAACACAGAAGAAUGUUUUCUUCAGGUAGAGGCAGCUUUUGGGUUACAAUGUUAUUUAUUAAUUAGCACUAAGAUAUUAACUUCUCAAUAAUCAGUAUUAGAAUUCCUGAGGACUACAACUGUUCAGUUGUCAUAACAAUGAAAAUCUGGUGCCCUGCUAAGAAAAUUAAGAUACCCCCCAUAAACAAAUUUGCAUCUCCAUUUCACACAAACUGAUAUUCAGAAACAAAACGUAUGUGUGCCUUGCGACAAUCCAGGUUAGAUCAUGAAUCCAGAGCUGUCUCAGUGGAAGCGCAAUGAACAUAGCAGUUUGUCACUGUGCAUGUUCUCAAACCUGAGAUUUUUUUUAAAAAUCCCAGUCCGGAAGAGAUCAGCCCAGGGAAGCAGGAACUAAAAAUGCAAGUCAAAUGUGCAGUUGGAAAUUGUAAAUGUAUUUGUAUUUCAUUACUUUCAAACAUGUGGUUAUGAAAGGGGAUGCACAAGCUAUUGAUGUAAUGUAGUGCAGACAGAUCUUCCCAUUUUAAAAAUACAUCUGCCUUAUGCUGUGCUCCAGAUUAGAGCGCUUCCAUUUUAAGCUUUUAGUCAAGUUAAAAUGUCUAAAGUGACAUUUUAAUCACCAAUAGAGGCUAUUGAAGAACCAUAUAUUGGGUGGUAAUUCAACUAAAUAUUGGUCCAAGCUGAAUUAUUUCUGCUUGUGCAGCAAGACUUUCUGCCCUCUGUCCUCCCCCCCGUCCCCAGAUCUCCCCCCGAGAAUUAGGGGAAAUCCCAGAACAGAUUUAGGAGGCAUGACCCACUGCACAAGGAUGUUCACCAUAGUGCUACGUUGAAUACAACCCAUUGCUUAGAAGGCAGGGCACUUGAUUUUCUUCCCAAAGUCAAAAUUGGACUGACUUUAAAGGAUAUCUUGCUUGCAGCUUACCUUUUCUGGUAGCACUGCAUCACUAUGUUAAUUGUAAAAUUUAUUGUAUAGUAUUUAACCACUGAAUUCUUUUCUUUUUAUGUUGUGCUUAUGUGAACCACUGGUAAAGGUCCCAUAUUCCUUUGAUAAUGUGUAGUUAUAUAAUGUUUUUAAAUGUACAGAUAUUUUGCUACAAAAUUGGUGCUUUUUUAUGGUUUUUACACUUCUCUUUAAUUCCCACUCUAGCCUUGGGGUAAUAUUGUAAAUAUUGUUUAAAAAUGCAUCAGCCUGUGCUAUACAAUCUGAAUGUUAUUUUAACUUAUAGGGUUUUUUUAUAUAUUUAACUAAAUGGGCAGUUUGGGACUCAAAAAAUUAUUACAUUGACAUUUGCUUACCUAUUUACAGAAAGUUUAUUUUAAACUGCCAAUUGCUCUCUCAGUAUACAGCAAUGUGUACUUGACAUGCUCAAGAGAACACGCCACAAUUGCAUCCUUUUUCUUCAGUGGAAGAUGAACGUUUUGAUUUGAAUAAGAUACCAUUUGACAAUGCAAUUUAAAAGAUUUAAAGAGCUGAGAACUCAUAAUAUACUAAAAAUAUUUAAAAAGGAACAAGUAGGUUGUAAUAUUGGCAUGUUCUCUUGGAUUUAUCUAGUAAUAGACCUGCUUCUUAGCAAUAUUAUAGGUGUUUUUUAAAAGCAGUUCAUGUUACUUUUCUGAUCUGUUC